GUGAGUCAAAAGUGUGGGUCUGCAGCUUUUGCUACAUUUUAUGGGAAAGUCAGUUUCCCACCAUUGUGUUCAGACACUGACAGUGUGGCUGCAGCGUGCAUGUGCCGUGCGGCUGAGUAUGAGAAACAGACUGGAUUCACAGAGCAGCACAGGAAGAGGCCGAGUUCAGAUAACACCGGAGCCUCUGAGGUGAAAGCAGACCGCUUUUGAGUGUCUUCCUCGGACUGGGCUCGUUUUUUUGUCUGCUGGAGGCUGCCGAGUGUUGACAUCCUGCUAUUAAAGACGGAGCGUGGCGGCUCACGGUGCCUAGCCGGCGGUGAUCGUGGCUGUGCUGAGCCACAGGGCUACAUGCCAUGGGCUGUGUUUUCUCCCUGCCAGAAGACAGGAGAGAUGCUGCCGAGAGAGCACCCACAACAAGAGAAACGAGUUUCAUCGAGAAAAUGAAGAAAACGGGAAAGAACAUCAUUGUGUUCUAUGGCUCCCAGACUGGCACAGCAGAGGAGUUUGCCAACAGACUCUCCAGAGAUGCUCAGCGUUACGGCAUGAAAGGAAUGGCUGCUGAUCCAGAGGAAUAUGAAAUGGGUGAACUGUCUCGUUUGUCUGAGAUCAAAAACUCGCUAGCCAUAUUCUGCAUGGCCACCUAUGGAGAAGGAGACCCGACAGAUAAUGCCCAGGAUUUUUACGACUGGCUGCAGGAAAAUGAUGACGAAGACCUCUCCGGACUCAACUACACGGUAUUUUCUUUGGGCAACAAAACGUAUGAGCAUUAUAAUGCCAUGGGGAAAUACGUGGACAAAAGAUUGGAGGAACUUGGGGCCAAGCGCAUCUUUGACCUUGGUUUAGGAGAUGAUGAUGGCAAUUUGGAGGAGGACUUUGUCUCGUGGCGAGAGCAGUUUUGGCCAGCUGUCUGUGAGCACUUUGGAGUGGAAGCCUUGGGAGAUGACUCAAGCAUCCGGCAGUAUGAGCUGAAGGAUCACCCUGACAUCAACAUGAAUAAAGUGUUCACUGGAGAGAUUGGCCGUCUGAAGAGUUUUGAGGUCCAGAAGCCGCCGUAUGAUUCUAAAAAUCCCUUUUUGGCCCCAGUCACUGUCAACCGUCAACUCAACAAAGGUGGUCAGAGGCAUCUGAUGCACCUUGAAUUAGACAUUUCAGGCUCCAAGAUCAGAUAUGAGUCGGGAGACCAUGUGGCUGUUUUCCCCACUAAUGAUGCAGCUUUGGUGAAUAAGUUGGGACAAGUCCUUGGUGUGGACCUUGAUGUGGUUAUCUCUCUGAACAACCUUGAUGAGGAGUCCAAUAAGAAGCACCCAUUCCCCUGCCCAACAACGUACCGCACAGCUCUGACUCACUACCUCGACAUCACGCACCCUCCUCGUACUAAUGUCCUCUAUGAGCUGGCACAGUAUGCUUCGGACCCCAAAGAACAGGAGAAUAUGCGCAAAAUGGCCUCUUCCUCUCCUCAGGGCAAGGCACUCUACCAGAGUUGGGUGUUGGAGCCCUGCAGAAACAUUCUUGCCAUUCUGGAGGACAUGCCCUCUUUAAAGCCCCCCAUUGACCACCUGUGCGAGCUAAUGCCUCGUCUCCAGGCUCGCUAUUACUCCAUCGCCUCCUCCUCUAAAGUUCACCCGAACAGCGUCCACAUUUGCGCCGUGGUGGUGGAAUACAAGACCAAGACGAACCGUAUUAACAAGGGAGUGGCCACUAACUGGCUGAAGAAUAAACUGGUCACCGACAAUGGCCACAAAUCUACCGUUCCCAUGUACAUCCGCAAGUCUCAGUUCCGCCUACCCUUCAAGGCCAGCGUUCCGGUGAUCAUGAUUGGUCCUGGGACGGGAAUCGCUCCCUUCAUGGGCUUCAUCCAGGAGAGGGGCUGGCUCAAACAGCAAGGCAAGGAAGUUGGGGAUACAGUGUUGUUCUGUGGCUGCAGAUAUAAGAAUGAAGAUUAUCUUUACCAAGAGGAGCUAGAGGAGGCUGAGACGAACCAAGCCCUGACACGGCUUAAUGUUGCCUUCUCCCGAGACCAGGAGCACAAGGUUUAUGUGCAACACCUCAUGAAGGAAAAUAAAGAGGACAUCUGGAAACUUGUUCACUCAGAAAAUGCCCAUAUCUACAUUUGCGGGGAUGCAAGGAACAUGGCGAAGGAUGUGCAGACAGCCUUCUAUGAGAUAGCAGAAGAGCUUGAAGGCAUGACACGCACGCAGGCCACAGACUACAUCAAGAAACUGAUGACCAAGGGACGCUACUCGCAAGACGUGUGGAGUUAAAACUCACCAGCCCGGCCUUAAUCUCACUACUCAAGUGGUUGUUUUUAAUUUGUGGAGUUGUUUUUUUUUUUUUUUUUUAUAGAUCUUAUUUUAUUGUGACUGAAUAUGAAAAUAUUUAACAUUCUUUCAUUUUCAUUCUGGUUCAUGAAGCUAAAGGUGGAAGCCCAACCUCUGCAGGUUAUUUUGAAAACCCAUUGCACGGAUUUAGCCUACCACUCAUCUAUGAAAUAUUGUGUGACUGGAUCACCAGCACUUUGUCCUCCAGCCUCCUAAAGCACUCUGCUGGUCCCCUGUGCUGUGAAAAUUGACUGGCUGUAACAAAAUACUCAGGAAGGUUUCCCAUCACUCUUUCAACUUUAAAUAGGAAAGGAACACCAUGCAAAUUAAGUUACCGUUUCAAAUCUUAUCAUGAUGCAUUUUAGUGAGUGAAUUUGCAAAGUCACAGUUUUUAUUGUAUACACUCUUGAAAGAGUGCAAGCAUAAUCACUACAGUCGACCCCCGCUAUUUAUGGGGGAAAGUCUUUGAAUAAUUCAUGCCCAUUGAAAUGCAUUGGGGGAGAGAGAGAAUUUAUCUACAGACCUCCAAAAAUUCUUCAAAAAAAACACUGAUAAGACAUUUUAUGUAAGUGAUAUAUGGGGAAAUUGGAGGGAGGGGGGAUUUUUUUUUUCAAAGAAAAAAACAACUUUGAAAUAUAUCAAAUUUGGGGAGAAAAAAAAAAUCUUAAUUCCCGGGUGCCAAACCGCAAGUAUACGGGAGUUGACUGUAUACAUUAGUUUCCCUCAGCGACAAAUAUUAUCAAACAUGUGAGAAAACAUGAUGAUUUUAAGGGAAAUAUUUUAUGCUAACUGACUGUACGAUGUAAUGUUCAGCUUUAUGUUUUGACAAGGGACUUCUACUGCUUGGUUUAAUGAGUAAUUAACUUGAGAUGCAGGUAGGUGAUGCAAAGGGGAUUCUUUACUGUGUUUUAUUUCAUGCAGCAUGCAAUUAAAAAAUAAGAAUGUAUAAGUACAAUGUUAAGUGUUAGAGCAUUUUAAAAUUUGACCAGUAACAGCGUCUGGCCUCUUUUUUUUUUUUUUUUUAUUAUGCUUUUGACUGAAAAAAAUACUAUAAAGUGGUUUGUCCAGUGGCAGUGACACUGGAACGUAGCUGGUUGUACAUUUGAAUGCAACUGAUGUAUAUAUUGUCCAGUCGCUUAUGCACCGCAAUAUAGAGAAAACAUUUCUGUCUACCUGCUCUGUGGGUUCCCUACAAAUUUUGUGACGUAUGGAUUUGAAGAUGAAUAAAAUGCCAUUCUGCCCGCCAGCUAGAGUGCAGCCUGUGCCUUCUAAACAUUGCCUUACAUAUUGGAUUUGUAAACAUCACUUCAACUAUUUUUCUUCUUCCUUCUGAAUGUUUCAUGUACUUUAACCAGGCUGAGACACUUUACUGAGUACUGUCACUUUUGUUCAUUCCUCUGAAAUUGUUUGAUCUCAAGGCCUGCCUUUUCUAAAUAUGUAAAUUAAACAAAAUUUGAAAAUCUG